AUGAGAUUCUAUUUUCGAUUCAAGAGCGUCCUUCAGUUUAUUGCUCUAUCUCAGAGCUUAAUUGGGGAAGCUAUAGCUGAAUAUGUCGCCACCGAGGGUGGUGUUGGUUGCCUGUAUGGAGAUCAAGUUGGAAGUGUUUCAGGUUUUGCUGAGACCUAUUAUUCCUACCCGUUAACAGGGGCAGCAGCAGGAAAUACUGCAGAUGGAAGUGUCAGUACUGAAUUCUUUGAAACAGGUUAUAGUCAAUAUGGAUUAAUUGGUAGUAUAACAGGUAUUGUUAGCCCAACACUUAGUUAUUAUGAUGAAGAGAAUACAUAUGCAACUUCAGAAAUUGGAACAUUUACUAUUUAUUUGUGGCAUUUUGCUCUAGAAAUGAGUGGAUACUUUUAUGCAGAAACAUCAGGUGUCUACACUAUAGAACUUACAAAUGUGGAUGAUUUUGCUGCUGUGUGGUUUGGAAAAGGAUUGGAUUGUUGCGAUCCAUCAGCCACUAACAACGAUGUCAAACCUGACUUUGCCACAGGAAGAAGUUUCGAUGCCCAGAAAGAUGGCGCUUCUUCUUAUUCAGUAUAUCUCUCUGCAGGAUCAUUUUACCCAAUUAAGUUGAGAUACGCAAAUGUUAAUUCAAGAGCACUUUUAUCCUUUACUGUUGUUGACCCAGCUGGGAACUCUAUUACUGAUUUUAGUGAUUAUAUUUAUCAGUUCGUUAACAUUGACGGAUCAUGUUCAUCUUCUUCAGCAACAUUGCCUUUUAAUACAAAUACUGUUACAACAGAUGUUGAGGCAGAGACUACCACAACUGUUCCUACAACAUACACCUCUGGAGAUAGUACGAUCACCAGCACUAUUGUGCUUGUCGAGGAACCACCUCUCUCUACUACCACCACAACAACAGAUGUCGAGGCAGAGACUACCACAACUGUUCCUACAACAUACACCUCUGGAGAUAGUACGAUCACCAGCACUAUUGUGCUUGUCGAGGAACCACCUCUCUCUACUACCACCACAACAACAGAUGUCGAGGCAGAGACUACCACAACUGUUCCUACAACAUACACCUCUGGAGAUAGUACGAUCACCAGCACUAUUGUGCUUGUCGAGGAACCACCUCUCUCUACUACCACCACAACAACAGAUGUCGAGGCAGAGACUACCACAACUGUUCCUACAACAUACACCUCUGGAGAUAGUACGAUCACCAGCACUAUUGUGCUUGUCGAGGAACCACCUCUCUCUACUACCACCACAACAACAGAUGUCGAGGCAGAGACUACCACAACUGUUCCUACAACAUACACCUCUGGAGAUAGUACGAUCACCAGCACUAUUGUGCUUGUCGAGGAACCACCUCUCUCUACUACCACCACAACAACAGAUGUCGAGGCAGAGACUACCACAACUGUUCCUACAACAUACACCUCUGGAGAUAGUACGAUCACCAGCACUAUUGUGCUUGUCGAGGAACCACCUCUCUCUACUACCACCACAACAACAGAUGUCGAGGCAGAGACUACCACAACUGUUCCUACAACAUACACCUCUGGAGAUAGUACGAUCACCAGCACUAUUGUGCUUGUCGAGGAACCACCUCUCUCUACUACCACCACAACAACAGAUGUCGAGGCAGAGACUACCACAACUGUUCCUACAACAUACACCUCUGGAGAUAGUACGAUCACCAGCACUAUUGUGCUUGUCGAGGAACCACCUCUCUCUACUAUCACCACAACAACAGAUGUCGAGGCAGAGACUACCACAACUGUUCCUACAACAUACACUUCAAAAGAUAAUACUAUCACCAGUACUGUUGUGCUUGUGGAAGAACCAACUCUUCCAGUUAUUACGACGACCACGGAUGUUGAGUCAGAGACUACUACUACUGUUGCUACUACUUACACAUCUAGAGGAAAGAAGAUUAUAGGUAGUAUAAUACUUGUUGAGAGACCAAGCAUCUCCACAAUUACUGUUACCACUGAUGUCCCUUGUAAAUCGGUCACAACAAAGAUCGCAACAUUCACCUCUGAUAAUAAAGUUCUAACAAAAAGUAUAAUUAUCGUGGAAGAGCCUUAUAGCUCUCAAUCCAGUGGGGGAACGACAUCUGCAAAAUACUCAGACUCCAAAACUUUUGCUUUCUAUUCAAAUGAUUCAAGUUCAACGGUGAAUGAAAAUUCCAAGGGUACAACAGACUUUGCCACUAUUCCAAAUCCUACAGCUUUAACUAUUACUGGAGAAGUUGUGACCGAUGAAUUUAAUACUGGUUCUACGACAGAUAUAACAGACAUUUCUAAAACUGCUGGUGGAGCAAUAGAAGCUGGAAAGACAUCAAAGAUUGAAACAAGUGCUUCAUCUGAGCAACCAAAUAAGUCUGCUGUGAUUCCACAAACUGCCGAAGAAAUAACAUCCGAAUCUACCUUUUCAUCAUCUGAAUGGGAAACAUCCUCUUCGGAAUAUACAAAUGCAUCAUCGGAUGUUGCAAUUUAUGAGGGUUCUGGUGCAAGCCUUGAAUAUGCCUUCCCAGUUGCAAUUUCAGUACUUAUCAGUUUACUUCUAUAG